UCCACGUGCGGAAAUCGCAGUGAUGAUGGCGAUUCACUGGAUUCACUCCGAAACUACAAACUCCGACUCGACACGAAGUGUUGUUGGUGUCUAACGUGAUAAUUAUUGGGGAAGCCGAACAUCUGGAAAACUGGGAAAUUGAAUUUUAUAAAAAUACAGGUAAUAUAGGUCCACGUCAGUCCAUGAAUUUAAGUGAAUGUCGCGACGCAGUCUGCGAGAUGAAAGGGAAGAAAACCCGUUAUGAGAGCCCAUUGAAAGGAUUCAAAAAAAGUUUAGAGGAGCUUACGAGCAUCGUAGGCGAUAUCGUGUGCCAGAAGAGGUUAGGUCAUGGAACGGUGGAAAAGUUAAAGGAACAAAGUGCAACGGACAGCUCCAGCAAGGAUUCCUCGUCGCAGAAUAAUGUAAUUGUAAUCAAUGACAGUGACAGUGAAACAUCCGAAGGGGACAAUGACAACGAAACAAAUGAUAAAGAUGCAGACACUUCGCUCAGUGUCAUUGAAUGCAUCUCUAAACCGUCCCCGUCUCCAAAAAGACGGCAAAGAAAACUGAUAAUCCAUACCAGGCGGAAAAAGAGUAGACCGUCUAUAAUACCACUCGACACAAUGGGUAACGAUUCGUCUGUCCUUGAUUUGUCAGUUUUGCAAGAAUCAUUAAACGAAGAAAAUAUAGCACCAACCCAAACGGAGGAUGACGUGGUUGAAUUGUGGUCGUGUCUGGAGAAACCAGUGAAGAAAAUGAGGGUAAAAAGGAAGUCUAGUUGCGCCAGAUGUAAGAAAGAUCCAUUGUUUAUGAUAGACAAAACGCCGAAUCUGAAAAAUCUCGAGUAUUUAAAGACAAAUACGCAUACAAAAAAAUAUGCCGAGAAAAGCAGGAAGAAACAAGAUCUAUCCUGGGAUAAAACUACAUCCGAAUCGUUCAUUCCGUUAACGGUCAAACCGUCAAAUGUUAAGCUAGACACAUUGAAAUGUUCGAACAGCAAUAAAAGAAAAAGGCAGCACGCCGAUAUUGUGGAUCCGAGUCCCACAAAAUCAAAUGCACACCACAGCAAAAAGAAAAUCUAUUUGGGCGAAAAGAAUUGGCGGCACGGUGAUAAUUUGGAUUCAAGUUUUGCAAAGAUGAAUGCACACCAAAACAAAAGGAGAAUUUAUUGGGAAGAAAGGAAUAGCCAAACGAAGUCAACGCGCAAAUUAAGAGAGAUAAUUGUUGACGGUUGCAACGUGGCAAUGGCCCAUACAAACGGUAAAGAAUUCUCAGAAAAGGGUAUCCAAAUAGUAGUAGAUUUUUUUAAAUUGAGGGGUCACAACGUGAAGGUUUUCUUACCACAACACGUCCGAAAAAAAGAACAUACGUUUCUUGAGAAAUUGUACAAAGAAGGCACGGUCGUGUUUACACCUAGCCGCCUCAUUGAUGGCAUAAAAAUUACAUCGUACGAUGAUCGAUAUAUUUUGAAAUAUGCGACGUCGUGUGGAGGAAUAGUGAUUUCCACAGAUCAAUAUAGAGACCUGUACAGAGAGAAACCGGAAUGGCGUAGUACAAUUCUGAACCGUUUACUGAUACCCACCUUUGUCGGAGAUUAUAUAAUGUUCCCGGAAGAUCCGUUAGGCAGAUUUGGGCCUAAUCUCGAGACAUUUUUACGGCAUUGAUAACGUUAUUCUUAUACAUUAUUCUUGUAAAUUUGGAUAUCAAGCCUGAUUGAAUGUCUUGUUACCGAGAGACUGCAUACCUUUCGUACCAUAUUUUUAUUUCAGAUCUUUCUAUUCAUUUUUCUUUUCUUUAUAUACGUCCAAGACGUGCCAUUUCACGUUUUAACUCAAAUAAAAAAUAAUUUACAAUUAAAUUUUUCUAAAUAUUAAUUUUUUUUUUUAAUAAAAGUGCAUGUGCAUUUUUGCAUACUUGCAUAUUUGCAUGUUUGCAUACUUGUAUAUGCAUUUUUAUGAGAACUGAAUUACAAUAAAUAAAUAAUAAAGAAAAAGAAUGAACAUGAAUGAUGGACUUGUUUUGUGUGAAAUACGAAACGUGUACGAAAUAUUGUACAAUUGAUAAUUUAUAUAUUUUCUGUAAUAAAAUGCGUUUAUAUGUACAAGGAGUGUUGUUGUGACAUUAUAAAAAAUAUUCUUUUACUUAAAAUCUUAUCUGUUAGUAAGAAUGCUGUGUAACAAACGUAUAUGCGAGGUAAGUUGUUCAAAAAAAUUUUUUAAAUAAAAGAUAAAAAAUUAAUUUUAUUUCAUAUUUUGUAUAGUUGCAAUUUUUUCACAGCUCAUCAUUUGAGAUAUGGGAAUGAUAUAAUCCUACAUUUAUAAACUUUUUGUAGAAAAAUAAAUAAAUAUGCAAAAUCGC